AUGGCAGGACCCACUAACGGUUUCAUAGUAUGGCAGUGGAACUGUCUAGAACUGGGAGGCAAGGCACAAACGCUACAGAAGUACCUCAGGACACACGAAAGGAAAUCUAGCGUGAUCCUGCUACAGGAGACGCUCACCGAGUGCAUUAAAAUCCAGGGCUAUCGUACCCUGGCCAAGCAUUCCGACGGUAGGGGGGUCACCAUUCUGGUACGUAACAAGCUCACUUUCGUACAGCACGACAUCCACAUGCCGUCUAAUAACAUCGAAUAUCUGAUGGUAGAGAUAGCAGGCAAAGGGAAACGUAGCAAGCCAACGUUCACCCUCAACGCAUACAGCAGCCCAAAACAGCACAGACAGAGGUUUCCGGCUUUCUUAACCAAGGCCACGCACCUGGCAGGCAGUAACCCCCUGAUCGUGGCGGGAGACUUUAAUGCCCCGCAUCCGACGUGGGGAUACGUGCAGAGUACACCUAAGGACAAAGAUCUAUGGGAAGAGAGCAUCGAGGCAGGCCUCGAGCUCAUAACCGACCCGACACAACCAAUGAGAUGGGGAACUUUCACCAGCAGGGAAACCACGCCCGACCUCGCCUUCACCAAGAACAUUACUCGAGCGUCGUGGUCUAACACAGAGGUGGACCUGGGCAGCGACCACUACAUCACAGCGAUGACGGUAGGCUCGCACUCCACCGAGAAAAAGAUAUUCAAGCUAGUGGACUGGGACAAGUUCAGAGAGCUGAGGACGCGGACGCACCCCUACACUGGUGGAUGA